AUGAGUGCAAAACCACAAGAAGAGAUCUUUGUGGAUCAAAGUCUAGAAGAACUUUUACCUAUUGUUGCCACUGAAUUCGAUGCCAUCUCUCGUAAACCCAUUCAAUCAUCCUUCCUUGCCCGUGAUCUAGUUCGAAUGUAUGAUAAGAUUUCUUUUUAUAGACAAAAAGAUUUUGAAUUGAAUUUUUCUCGGAUGGCUGUUCAAAAAGAACAUGAUGAUUCAAAUCUCAAUAACAACAAUAACAACAACAACCAUUCAAUGAAUGAAAAUGCAUCACAUCCACUCGUUGAAUCUUCAAUUCAUCAUCAACAAGCCUCAUCGUUCUCUUCGGAAUUACCACCACAAGAGCAACGUCCAGUUGAUAAUAAUAUAAGUAAGGAUGAUCAUGAUGACUCGAAUGGACAUGACCAUACGACUACUACCGCGACUACUACUACUGUUGCGAGUAUGACUACUACUUCCGACACCACAAGUACUACUACUGCAACCAUUGCCAACAACAACAACCAUUCAAAUGCAACAAUGAAUUGUUCUUCUCCACAAACUCAAGAGAAAACCAUUAUGGCCGAUCAUCAUGAACGUAUCACUCAAUUCGUUUAUCAACACGUUGAUCAUGAAUUUGAAAAAUUUUCACAUCUCACUCGAAAUCUUGAUGAAAUGGAAAAGGAGGAUCGAGGAGAUCAAAUAUUUGUGGAUCUUUUAAAUACAUUGACAAGACUCUUUCACAGUAUGGAAACUCUUCAAGAAUGUAAACCAUUACUCACAUUACAAGAAUUUAAAAAUAUUGUUGUGAGUAAAUCUGUACCAAAUUAUGUCAGUACAUUGAUGGAAGGUCAAUAUGGUGAUGGCCAUCCUUUGGUGAAAUUUUUAACAUUGGUGGAUCAAGCAUUUGUGGUUUCAUUAUUGGGUCACUUUGCAGAAAGUUUAUUCUUUACGAAAACACCUAUUCGAUUUAAGGAUAUAAGAGGAACAUGGAGAAUUGAUAUUCGAAUGUAUCAGAAUUGCAUUUCAAUGGUUCAUAGAAGAACAGAACAAAUGAUGAAACCAUUAGGAAAUACCAUGCUCAAGAAUUUGUUUCAAUUUUCAUGGCAGGUUGAAAUUGUAUAUGAUUCCUACAAAUUAGAUCAUAUUCACAGUAUUCAUGUGACUUUAUUAGAGAUUGAUUGGGAAUCGUACGAUGAAUCAUUGGAAUUAACGUCACAGCAGAAAGGUGAAGUACAACAAGUAUUCUUGAAAAUGUUCUCAAAAUCUAAAACAGGAGGAGAGCUAGGUUAUCAAUUACCUUUGAAAAUUACAUUAUCAGAUAUUUCUCCCAAACAUUUGCGUUUGUUAGUGAAAGAAUUGAAAGAAAAUGCCAAAAAACUUGUCAAACCAAGUAAUGAUUCUAACGGCUCUUCAGGAUCAUGGUUUUCUGGUAUUUUUAGUUCUUCAGGAUGCAUGGAUGAUACAGUAGAUUUUAUUUCGAAUAGUAAAAGGAGAGAUUAA